AUGCCGGUUCCUCCCUCUUCCCGCACGACUUCCUCCUCCCCUGAUGAGCCCACAUCGCUCGUCUAUGUCACUGAGCCAGACGAGCAUGGAUUGUAUCUCGUUUAUCCUAUCAGGCCUCAGAGCAUCCCCGACAAGCCUUCCCUAGAUGCCCUAUGUGAGACGAGCUCAUUCCCCGCCGCCAAUUUCCCCCCAUCCGGCCCAGAUGUGCUUCCCAAGGCACCAUCAGGCCUUGAGAAGACUAUGGCCGCGGACCGUCCCCCCUAUGCCCCCUUCCCCAACUUCUCCACGUACAGUCUCUUCGCUUGGCAGAACAACGACUCGAAUGUCAAAUCCAACAGCGAGAUCAACGGACUGGCAGGCGGCUUGUUGCAGCACCCGGACUUUCGAGCGGCAGAUGUCGCAAACUUCAACGCCGCACGAGAAGGGGACCGCCUCGACAGCUAUUACGAAGAGAGCGAGACGUCACCGCUGUCACCACGCGACGGUUGGAUACACAGCAGUGUCAAGAUACGGGUACCGAAGGAAGGUGUCUGCUACGCCUCAGAAGAGGAAGCCCCGGAGUUCGUCGUUGACGGGCUCUACCACCGUUCCCUUGUAGACGUCAUUGACGCUGCUUACCGCGACCCCUGCGUAAAAGAUUGGCACAUAAUCCCCUCGAAGCAGUUCUGGUUACGCGACGGUCCGAGCCCGGUCUCGCAAAACGGUCGUGGCCCAUCAUCCUCUUCUGGUGCAUCGGACUCAUCUUCUGACUCGGACUCGGACUUGAGCUCAUCGUCUUCCUCUGCUGACUCGGACUUGGAGAACCCACUUGGCGGCAUACGCGUAUACAGUGAGGCCUACCAUGCCGAUGCGAUCUACGAAGAAGAUGCGGCUAUGAGGGCGCGGCCGCGCGAGGCCGGUGAUCCCGAUGGGCUCGAGUAUGGCAUUGCGCCCGUCGGGCUAUGGUCGGAUACAACCCAUCUGACCCAGUUCAGCUCAGCAAAGCUCUGGCCCGUAUACGGAUACCUGCUCUCCCAGAGCAAAUACAUCCGGGGAAAGCCCACCGCAUUUGCAGGCCACCAUAUUGCUUACAUGCCCUCUCUACCGGAUAAAUUUCAAGACUGGUACACUCGUGUCUUCCAGAUUGCUGCCACUGCUGCUGUCCUCACCUUCCUCAAACGAGAAUUGAUGCAACAGAUCUGGCUACUGCUGAUGGACGAGCGUUUCAUGUACGCCUAUGUGCAUGGGCUUAUAAUCUUCUGCGGCGAUGGCAUCCAACGGCGGAUGUUCAUCAGGUUUCUUCUAUAUGCGGCUGAUUAUCCUGAAAAGAUCAUUCUCUCGUGUCUUAAGUACUUCGCGCGAUGUCCAUGCCCACGAUGUCGAAUCAACAAAGACAAGAUCAUUGAGAUGGGGACCAUGAACGACCUCAAUCGGCGAAACUGGAUUCGAAUAGACGACAAGGACUUGAACGCUCGGAUCAGUCUCACGCGCAAAUGGAUCUUCCAAGAUGGGAUGUCACUUGGCAGCGUGUACAUCUCCCGUGUCCUGGAUCCCAUCUCAGCAACGCCCACACGAUCCGCCUUUUCCACUCGUCUCCGCGAACACGGGUUCAAUUUCUACUCCCUCUUUGUCCCCGACCUUCUACACGAGUUCGAAAUUGGCGUGUGGAAGUCGAUCUUCACACAUAUCCUACGACUUCUACAUGCUGUCGGGGAAGACAGGAUCCAAGUGUUCAACAAACGCUUUCGACAGAUCCCCACAUUCGGCCGCAGCACCAUUCGACGCUUUUCCUCCAACGUCUCCGAUACGGGCAAGCUUGCUGCACGGGACUAUGAAGCACGGGUGAAGUGCAUUAUGCCUGCUAUCGAGGGCAUAAUGCCCUUGCGACAAGACAACGAGAUUAUCCUCGACCUCUGCUUUGACUCCGGCGCCUGGCACGCCUUUGGCAAGCUACGAGAGCACACAGAGGAUACUAUCGACGGACUGGACAUUUUUACCGUCGAGUUCGGGAAGAGUGUGCGCCUCUUCGCGAAGACGACUUGCGCUCGGUACGUCACCGUCGAGUUACCCAAGGAAGCAGCCGCGCGUGGACGUCGCUCAGCCGCGAUCGCUGGAACAACCUCAAUCCGCAAACGCAAGCUGUUCAAUUGCAAUACCUACAAGCUCCAUGCCAUGCGCGACUAUCCGCCUUCGAUCCGUGGCCAUGGGUCGACUGAUAACAAUAGCACACAGAUCGGCGAGCUCGAGCACAAGCACGUCAAGCGCUUCUACACACGUACUAACAAGAUCAAUUUCACCUUCCAGAUCGCGCAACAUGCGCGUCGCGCAGUGAAGCUUCAGAUCAUCAAGGCCCGUGUCGACGCAGUGUACACACGGAAGGUCGCAUCGGCGGCCCACGCAGAUGCUGCAAACGCCCCGAUGGCUGUCGACCCUGCCCCGCCACUGGUACCGUCCACUCACCCUUCAAGUGCGCCACUCCCGUACAGUUCCCCUGCCGACCGCUAUCACGUAGCGACCUCUCGACGCGACUCAGACGAGAUUACCGCCUGGCUGCGUGCUUUCCCUAACGACCCCGCACUUGUUGACUUCGUCCCGAAGCUCAAAGAGCACCUCCUCCAGCGCCUUCUCCACCUCCACAGCGGGGACGCCGAACAGCCGCGUGUUCUCAUUGUUAACAACCGGAUCUUCUGGCAUCAGGUCUUGCGAGUCAACUACACCACGUAUGACAGGCGUCGCACGCAGGACUCUGUGAACCCCCGCACACACCCCGACAUCCUCCUGCUUGCACCAUCGACAGAGACACACAAGUUCUGGUAUGCGCGCGUCAUCAAGAUCUUCCACGUCAAUAUUCAUCCAAUGCAAGCCGGAAAGGGUGGCGAGCCUGAGCGGCUCGACGUCCUUUUUGUACGUUGGUUUCAACUCGACAACACGGCACCUGGAGGAUUCGCCAAGAAGCGCUUCCACCGCCUCACGUUUGUGCCUCAAGAUGCUGCGGCUCAGCCGGCCGAUACCGACGCGUUCGGAUUUGUUGAUCCUGCGGAUGUCGUCCGCGGCGUACAUCUAAUUCCGGCGUUUCUGGAUGGGCGCACAAAGGACCUCCUUUCGCCAUCGCUUGCUCGCGGUGUGGUUGGCAGGUCUGAUAUUUCCGGUGAGGAAGACACCGACUUUCGCUUCCACUACGUCAACUUCUUCGUGGAUCGCGACAUGGUACUACGGUACUACGGGGACGGCAUCGGGCACCAGGGCCUCCGCAUCCCAUCGGUGACCGCCGUAGCUGAUGAAGAUGUGCCCGAACCAGGCCCGGGGACGCAUGCUGGCGGCGCCGUGAGCCGUGAGUUGGAAACCACCAGAGAUGUCGUCAUGGAAGAAGAUGCCGAGGAUGUCAUCGAGGACGACGCUGUGCCGGUACCAGCCGAACAUGAGGACGACCUGUUGCAGCUAGUUCCGGAGCUCGCGGCAGGUAUGGCCGAGGCCUUGCGUAGGGAGGCGCAGCUGUUCCAUGACCAGCGCGAGGGCGAAGGAGACAUCCGGUUUGACGAUGACGGGCUCGAUGGGGAUCCAUCAGACGAAGAUGCGAGCGAUGAGAGCGGCGAUGACGAGGAAGCAGCAGUGAUAGUCGAUGCUCAAUCUGUGGGCGAUGAGCAGGUGGUCCCGGAUGAGUAUGACAUCGAGGGUUUUGCACCAUUGUAG